UUCAGUUCAAAAUUAAACGUGCGGCUUGUUGGUUUGGGUACAAGUCAAAAGUUCUUUGUGUGAAAAUCGAAAACAGAGAUUGAUUGAUCAAAUACAUUUUAAAAUAAGAUGAAAAUAAAUACAUUCGUUUACAAAUUCUGAGCAUAUAAUUACGGUACAUUUGUUUAUAUGUUUUUGAAUUCAAUUCAGUUAAAGAAAAACCCUGAACAAAAACUUUCAUUAAUCAUAAUAUAAUAAUAAACGAAAAUACCUGUGUGCACCUAGCAAAAGGAAAAGUGACAAUCACAAAAUGCAUAGCACAUUGUUAGACGAGCUAAACCAAAAUGGCUACAUUGUUAUUGAAGAUUUCCUCACACCAGCCGAGGUCGAAGAACUUCACUCGGCUGGUCGUGCGCUUUGUAUGGAUGCCCCACAAGUGAACCGAAAAAUUUUCAGCACAGUCAAUCAAAAGGAUGCGCACAGCAAAGAAACGUACUUUCUUGAUUCUGGCGAUAAAGUACGUUUCUUCUUCGAAGAGGGCGCCAUAGGAGAAAAUGGCGAAUUAGUUGUCGAUCCCAUGAUUGCUCUUAACAAAGUAGGGCAUUCCCUACACGUUGAUCAUCCUGUCUUUAACAAAGUAACCUUUAAUAACCGCGUUAAGGAGAUUUGUUGGCAAUUGAACUUUAAUAAACCGGCUGUAUGCCAGAGCAUGUAUAUCUACAAGAAUCCAGGUAUAGGCGGCGAGGUUAUAUCUCAUCAGGAUUCUUGGUUUUUGCACACGGAACCUAAUUCGGUGAUCGGGUUUUGGUUUGCGCUCGAAGAUUGUACGCUACAAAAUGGCUGCUUGCAAGCGAUUAAGGGUUCACACAAAAGCGGAGUUCACCGCCGUUAUAUGCGUAAUCCGGAUAAGAACGCCAACGAGCUACUCGUUUACGAUCGUCCAGCGCCGAUAUACCCUCAAUCAAGUUAUACACCAUUAGCCGUUGGCAAAGGCACCUGCAUCAUUAUUCACGGCAAUGUGGUACAUAAAAGUGAACCAAAUCGGUCUCAGAAAAGCCGACACGCUUACACUUUCCAUGUUAUUGAGACUGAGAACAAAGUGAAAUAUUCGGAGGAUAACUGGCUUCAACCGUCUAAAGAGAAACCUUUCCCCAUUUUGUUUGAACGGAAAAAUUAAAUAAUGAGAUCACGAACAACAACCACUACAUUAUAUUAAAUACGAAAAUGCUAUCGAAAAAACGUAAUUUAAUUUUAUGUAUAAUUCUGUACAUAUGCUUAUACAUAUACUUAUAAAUAUCUAAUAUAUUUUAAAUAUUUUGUUA